GUUGGUGUGACCCCUGUAACAAGUGCGCUGAUCACCUCUGCCAGGUACCCUGCCAGGCUGUCGACGCCACCGCCGCUGUGCUCGACAUAAUGCCGGCGGUUGUUUUCAGUUGCGCGUUAACACCUGCAGGCGACGCUCUACGCCCGACUUGGUCUCCAUGGAUACAAAUGGCACCCCGCACAUGUCGGGUCUGGCAGGAAGGGGCGGGUGGGCGUUUUGGUAAGGGGGCAGCUGUCGCACGGGCCAGGGCGCUCCACCAGCUGAGGAGGAAGUGUGGCCUUUGAGAGGUCAAAGGUCGGGCCGCCCCCCCUCAUUAAUCGACUUCUGUCUCUCUCUUCCGCACUGCUGGCUUUUCAAGUUUUCGGCUCGCUUGUCGCUUCUGUUCUCAAAUAAAGAUUUCAUAACCAAGCAGGGGUGACCCUCGCAUGGCCCCGCCCCGGACUCCGAGGACGGAGAAGUGGGCGACGCGGCGUCCCUCAUUAUUUGUUAAAUCACGCGUGUCCCCGCCCCCUCCUCACGUUCGCUCGUUUAUUGUCACACGCACUAGGAAAUACGGUAGCGCGCAUGCGCCCUGCGAAGUCCUCGCCUCCGCUGCAGGGACUACGGCGGUCUUGUUAAAAGUCCCCAGCGCUUGAACGCGUGCGCUUCUCGGCUCAUCGCUUCGUUCCAGCGACUCGAUUGAUGGCUUUUGCCGUCUUGCGGCACACCCGAGCACUGGAGGCUGAUCGCAGUCGGACUGUCGCUUGAGGCUGCGCUGGGCGCUGGUUCCCGAGGUGGCCUUUUUUGAGACGGUGCCUUGAGCUCUGUUCAGCCCGCCCUUCGCCACUCGGGCCCCCAGCGUCGGCCUCUGAUUCAGAGGUUAGGAAUUUGCAUCAGAUCGCUCGCCGUUUGUCACCCGAAGGCCGCGAGCCCGCCUUACACCGGGGCCACGACACGACGAUGCCUUCCAAGUAGUCCCGGACGCCACAGUCCCGCUCGAUCGCCGAGGAGUGCGCUCGUUUUCCAGAGGGAUUCACCGGGCGGGGGGUCGGAAUGCGACCCCUCCUUUCAAGUUCCAAAGAGUUCGCCCAGAUCGACGGAAGCGGAUUAGGCUCUUCUCUUGUUUGCUGGCAGCACCAAGCACCCUCCACAACACUGCGCCCACUCCAGCCCAUUGACUCCCACUGAGAGACAUGCGUUGCUCAAGUCGAGCUGGGACGGCACACAUCUGCCACUGCACUGCAUAAAAAUAGCGGCAGGACUCUGGAUGGUCAAAGCGAAGCCCUCCAAGGUGCCAGGUUUGACACCCAAGGUCAGUGCUUGCAAAAGCAAAGGGGAGUGCUGACUGAAGCCUCUCGGCUGCACCUCUUUUAGAGAAGCAUCGGCUUCAGGAGAUUGGCAGAACAGUUUUAAAUGCUCUGAGGCCCAGCCCUCUGAAGCAGCUUGACAGGAUCUCCGAUUUAGGCACAUCUUUCUCUCAUUGUCUAGGCCUGUGGCCUCCAAGAAAACAUCUCCAUGGCAAUGAAGCUGCAAGCCGUCAUGGAGAACUUGCACAGGCAGCAGAGGGCCAAACUUCAAAUGGAACUUGAGCAACAGCAGCAGCAGCAAUUAGCCAGCCAUUCCCAGGCUCCACCGACAUCCGCUUCCAACUCAAGGAAAGAAGACUCGACAGAAAGCAAAGCCAGCAAAAGCUUCGGGCAGGAGGACGUGGCUGCAGAACAAGCACCAGGACUGCAGCGCACUCAGAUGGCAGCUCUGGCAGCGAUGAGGGCUGCAGCGGCGGGACUUCAGAGGCACUCAGAUAGUUCACUCUCUGAGAAUGGUAGCACAGUCCCCGAGGAAGAGGAGGAUGAGGAAGAGGAUGAUGAAGAGGAGGGAGCUGAGCGCUACAAGGAGAUGAUGGGGUCAGAUGAGGAGGAGCACAUCAAAAGAAAAUGGGAUGAGGAAGACUUUGAAGAGGAAAUGGAAGACGAUUUUGAUGACUUGGAUGAGGAAGAGGACGGUGAAGAGAGUAGAGCCAUAGGAGAUGCAACUGUAGGCGGUAAGACCUUGGCUCACCCUCACCGUCCAGUUCCAGCUCACUCACAGUUCCUGAAGAUGAAGACCCCUGUAGGCCAGGACCUGCGCAUAGCCAGCCUCCCGGGCCAGGGGUCCCACAGCCAGGCAGUGGGUCAGGAUCACGGCGACUGGACGUACGAAGAACAGUUCAAGCAGCUGUAUGAACUCGAUGCCGAUCCGAAGCGUAAAGAGUUUCUGGACGACCUCUUCAGCUUCAUGCAGAAGCGAGGGACUCCUGUCAAUCGGAUUCCCAUCAUGGCCAAGCAGGUGCUGGAUCUCUACAUGCUGUACAUGCUUGUGACCGAGAAGGGCGGGCUGGUGGAGGUCAUAAACAAGAAGCUGUGGAGAGAAAUCACUAAAGGCCUCAACUUGCCUACCUCGAUCACCAGUGCAGCAUUCACCCUCAGGACCCAAUACAUGAAGUAUCUGUACCCUUACGAAUGUGACAAGCGGGGACUCAGCAACCCUAAUGAACUGCAGGCAGCCAUUGACAGCAAUAGAAGAGAAGGGCGCAGACAAGGCUUUGGGGGGACGCUCUUCACCUACUCCCCCAAUGGGACUCCCACCAUGCUGUCCUCUCCCAAGCUGGGCAUGCCCAGUAUGAAUGUAGCUGUAGUGACCAAUGGAGGAUCUCUGAAUCCUAUCCCAAAGAUCAAAACAGAAGAUGAUGGCGGGCCUGUAUCCUUGCCAAGCCGCAUGCCAGUGGCUUGCCCCGGUCACUCCAUGGUGGCAGCUCAGGCGGGCAGCAGUACAGCGGCAGCAGCUCAGGCAGCCAUGGCUGCUCAGGUGGCUGCACUGGAACAGCUGCGGGACAAGCUAGAUGCAGGGGAGCCACCUGAAAAAAAAAUGGUGCUGAUGGCAGAUGAGCAGCAGAGAAUCAUGCAGCGAGCCCUGCAGCAGAAUUUUCUGGCUAUGAGUACCCAGAUUCCCAUGAACAUCCGCAUAAACAACCAAGAAAGCCGCGGCGAGUCCAGUAUGAGCCUUUCAUCAGGUGGCCUCAACAGCAUCAACAUGUCGGUGGAGCUCAAUGGUGUCGUCUACACAGGGGUACUGUUUGCUCAGCCAGCAGGCACCAGCUCAUCCACGCCCUCCGCACCCAGCAACAGCAAGGCAAGUGGUGGCCGAAGCGCCCCCAGCGCAGGACUUCCUGUUUCUCACACAUCUACCUCAUCGUCUUCAUGCACCUCCAACCCCUCGCCUUAGAAGCCGCAGGACCCCCGGACAGGUGAUGCCAAGUCAAAAGCUUUCCUGCUACUCCUACUCCUACUAUUACUACUACUAUUACUACUACUAAUGCCAAAAACGGGAACAGGAAGUUUGAAGUACACUAUCUAUCUCAGGUUAUGACAGGAGUCUCCUCCGCAGUGGCCAGUGGGAGGCGCUACAGCCAAGCAGAUGAUUUCAGUAGCAGGAGAGAGAGAAGUGCGACCUGUGAAUAAUUUAUUUUCUCUGAAAUGUACAGAAUAGCAGAACAAAGCAAAGUGAUGCACUGUUUACACAUUUUCAUAUUCAUACUUACCUCCACGUGUCCGUGCUCAGUGUUUCUGACACAACUUCGUCUUUUUAUUUUAUUUUGAUUUUAUUUUUUUGGUUAACUAAGCUCAACAACAAAAAAUAACAUGUAAAUAUUUUCUAUUUUAUUCAGGAAAAAAAAAAAAUACUGAAGAUUUCUAUAUUUCAGGGCAAACCAAAGCACCGAUGUGACCUCACGCUUUCAGUGACACUUUCAUUUUUAUUUUUAUUAUUAUUAUUAUUAAUAUUAAUAUUAUCGGGAUGGGUUGGGGGGUUUCGUUGGCAUUUCGGGCCAACCACACGCCAGAGCACAAAGGUCAGCGAGGCGUCUUACGGAGACCAAGCCUUUUCCAGCGGACGUGUCGGUUUGUGCGUUGCGGUUGUUGUUGUUGUGUUUAAUUUUCGGUUUGGUUCUUUAUGGCUUAUUGUGUGCCGGCCCUCGAGCUGCACACUGUCCGGACCACGCCGUCUACAAGCGGACUGAACGAUGAAGACUUGUGCUGUUGGGUUUCCACAAACUUCAGGGAGGCUGCCGCUGGUCUCCGGCUCCGUUGCGCAUUACUGGCAGCCUCACGUGCCGCUGGCGUCUUGCGUUCCUCCUCGGCCUGCUCAGAUGUUUCUCAGUCUUUCUUCUCAGGGAGCUCGAUGGAACGGAUUAAUAAAAUGAAUGAAUCGUACGCCUAUGCAUUGACAGUCGUGAACAGCGCGCCUCGUCUCGGCGAUUUUACGAAUGUUGUGACCUUUUUUGGGUUUCUCUUUUUGAACCGCUGUUUCUCUUUCUCGACUACAGGGUGACUGCUUUGACACUCACAUAUAUCCUCCCGCCGUUUCUUUGGCUAGCUGUCUGGGCCAGAGAAUCGGUUGGCACACAAUCUGCCCCCAGCUGAUUCUGAUCAUUUACAGCUGAACGCAAGCCAGCUGGUGACAGACUUCGCGUGUGACAAUCGGGCCAUCAAGCCCACUGCUGAGGCCUCACUGCAGCCCCCUAGUGGUGUGGAUCCUUCCUUCAGCUUAUCAGAAGGGUGCUGCGUGCCAAGCGAAUGCAGGUGGGCGUGUGGACACCCAGCUGUGCCCAUCAGUCCUUCUGGCUUUUUCAUUUAUCUUGUGCUUCUAUCAUUGCUGCUGCUUAACUAAAACGAGACGGUGGGCUUAGCAUUUCUGGGCUGGGGGGGCCGUCUUAUGUUGACAACUUCAUCACUUGUAUGUCCCGCCAGGCUUUUAAUUUCCUGCACUGGACUCGAGCGCCCUGUUGCACCCACGGCCCGCUGAAGGCCCAGCAGGCGGGCACCGUGUACACCAAGACGGAGGAGCCGUGGCCUUGGCUGCCAGUCCUCGCUCAGUAUUCCUGCUCGUCAUCUCGCUUUUCUUUUUCCCUCUUUUGGUGUAAAUGUAAAUAGCCUUUUUUUAUUAUUAUUAUUAUUAUUAUUAUAAUUAUUAUUUUAACUUGUUCUUGAUGCAUUUGUGCAAUUUCCAGACCGCCAAGUGGCAUUUGUGAGGUCCCCGUUUGAAAUAUUGGGGGCUGCAGAAUUCUGCGACUCUUGCUUUAUUUGUGUAUUUAGUUGCUCCGUUUUGGUGUGCUGUUAACCAGCCAAUGAGUGGCGUGACGAGGGGCAUAACGGAGCUACAGCGUCUUGACUGAAGGCGACGACGUGUGCCCAGUCACUAUGGCAGUCGUGACCCAGCGUUUCCUUUGAAAAGGCAGCCGCUUGCCAUGCCCAAUCGUUUUUGAGUUUAGUCCUGCCGACUACGCCACUUGCACGAAUGUUGUUGCUACUUUUCCACUCCUGAUGCCCGUUGGCACCUGUUGUUGUUGGUUUUUUUUUUUUCUCCUUCAUUUUGGCAUGCGAGCUCCUUGCGGGCUUUUCAGCAAAAUUUUGGAGUAGUAUUAUGAUUGACAAUGCUAUGCGGAAUGAUGAUGAUGAUGAUGAUGAUUAUUUUUUUUGAAAUAUCUAUAGAUCUAUAUCUCUUUCUGUCUAUAUAUUUAUACGUGUGACUUUUAUGAUGUGUCAAGUACAAUCUUGUGCUGUUCUUGCUGGAGCUCAAUCGCUCUUCUCAGGGGAUUUCUAAUCAGAAUCAAUCGGACGUGUGACUGUUUACAGCCGCUGUCUGUCUGUCUGUCUGUCCGUCCGUCCGUCCGUCCGUCUGUCUUCUUUCUCUCCCCCCUGCCCGCCCCCUUUUUACGCAGACCUCUGCCUGCCGCUGUUGGCCGCCACUCGUCUCGCUGUCCCCGGCGAACUCCUAGUCUGCUGUUGCUUGUGAGCUUCUGCUGUCUGUCUGUCCUUGUGGCUGCCACUCGCCAGUAGGGGGCGACUCCACAGACCCCAAGACCGCGUCACAUUGCACUUUCGUCUUCAUUGCUCCAUACACUUUGGCUCUCGAGGUGCAAAGAUGGCGUCGUCUCUGCUAGCCCGAGCUCGGCGUUCGUUAGGAGCUCCUAAAAGCUGACAAGCGCGGACCCCCCAGUAGUGCUGAAUGGACGCGCUGCUCGGCCGGCUGUACCCCAACGUGUAGACGUACCAAAAAAAUAAAGCAACAGCCGGGGACGCCGAGGUGACCGAAGCGACCGGCCGCUCAGCGCUCUUAUGCCUUAUGCUGCGACAAUUCACGCGUCAAUCACCCGGGAGAAGAGAAUCCUUCAGACUUUGCUCAUGUUUGGCUUUGUAAGAAUUUUUUGGGGAUUACUUUGUCUAGUUUGUGGUGUGUUUUUUUUUUGUUUUUUUUUCUUUUGGAUAUGAACUGUUGAAGCUGGUUAUACAAAACACAAAGGCCGCCCCCCCCCCGUCUGUGACAUUGAAGAAAACGAGCAGACGGGCGGGCAGGCGGGCGCCUCACAGAGAAGCAUUCAUCCUACGACUCAGGAACAAAUCAAUCGCAUUCUACCUCUGAAGUCAGCCUUGUCUCGCGAGUGUGUGUGUGUGAGAGUGUGAGUGUGUGUGUGUGAGUGUGAGUGUGAGUGUGUGUGUGAGUGUGUGAGUGUGCCAGUCCGUCACGAGUACUUUAUCACGAUUCAGAACACUUGGAAAGAGUUUACAUUUUCUAGCCGUCUUCAGAUUGUAUUUAAACCUCAGCCUAUUUAAAGAAGAGUUGACAAUUGUAAGUGUGAAAUGUCCAAGAAUAAACACGAGUUCUCGCUUA